CCCGGCACCGCCCUCCGCAGGGCAGCGCUUCCGCUUCCCGCGGCCCCGGCAUGGCGAGCUACAGCAGGGCGGCCCAGCAAUGGGCUACUUUUGGUAGAGCUUGGUACCUCCUCGAUGCAAAGAUGCAACCCCCAGGAAAAAUAGCAGCUGCCACUGUAAUCAGGCUUGAAGGCAGACAUAAGCCUAUUUAUCAUGCACUAAAUGACUGUGGAGAUCAUGUUGUCAUAAUAAAUACAAAGCAUAUUGCCUUCUCUGGUAACAAAUGGGAACAGAAAGUAUAUUCUUCACAUACUGGUUAUCCUGGUGGUUUCAAACAAGUGACAGCAACUCAGCUCCAUUUGAAGGAUCCAACUGCUAUUGUUAAACUGGCUGUUUAUAGAAUGCUUCCAAAAAACCUUCAGAGAAGAACUCUGAUGCAGAGGCUACAUCUGUUCCCCGAAGAUGUUAUUCCAGAAGAUAUAGAGAAGAACCUUCUACAAGAGAUUCCUCAGCCACGUGCAGUCCCCAAGAGGUUAGAUGAAUAUACACCAGAAGAAAUUGCUGCCUUUCCGAAGGUUUGGAUUCCACCUAAAGAUUUUCGAAGGAAGUAAUAAGAAUGAAAAAAAAGUGCCAUCAGGAGUGCCUCUCCUUCAAAGAAAAUUCUUCUACUAUGGAAGGAUCUGUGCACCUCAGCCAACCCUUCUCUACUGAACGUUUCUGACAGCUGUUAGCAAAUUUGACUUGGUAAGAUUAUAGAAUCACUGUAUUUGAAACAGCUAAGAAUGGGUUUUAUCUUGUUAAUGGCAUCUGUACUCUGCAUUGCAUGAUUUGGUAUUUUUUAACAACAUUUGAUUUGAUACUGUUAUUAAAGAAUUAAUACCUUUGUAAUGAAUAUUUGCGUCUCAUAGAAACAAGACAUUGACUACUGCUAUGAAGUAGCUCACUGUAAAAGUUGCAAAACUUUAUUCCGUGUAGGAGAAUAAUUAUGGUCACCAGCCACAAUUUUUCAUCCUUGAGCUUUGGCCAUCUUUGGUACAUUGUGCUCUAAGGAACAAAAUGACAACUACUAUUUUUUUAUAAUCUUACUUUUUCAGACUACUGUUUAUCUGCAUCUAAAUCUUGGGUGUGCUAAAUGACAACAGCAAAGGUGGCUCUACUUUCUAGCUGCUGAAUAUCAUUAAGUGUGUUCCUAAUGGUAUUUUAUUCUUGCUGUUGAGAUGUUACAUGAUUGUCUUUGGGAGAGUCAAUAUCCCUAUGGUUCUGUCUGCCUUGGAAAGCAGCAGACAGAGCACUGCUCCACUGGGCAUGGCUUUUGCAGGUGGCACACUCUGUUGGUCCAGAGUGUUGAUAGCUCUGCUUGCUACCAGCCAGAACACCCCUUUGGGGUUGUGCAGUGCAUUUUCUGAAGUGACUCUUCCUCACUAGGAGAAGGUCUACUGUCAGCCCAGUAGAAGAGAUUUCAUUGAUGAAGAGGAGAACAGUCCUGAGAUGUACAGGACAGCCUCUCCGUGUCGGUAUAGGGCUGAAGAAAAAGUGUUCAAAGCCUAUGCUUUCAAUUUAAACGGCCAUUCUUGAGCUAAAUCUUGCUCAGUCUCCAGUGCUGUUCAAAGCUGUUUAUUGAGUCUCUUUUCAACUUACCUUGUUUGUAGAUUAUGAAUUGCUCUGUGCUCAAGUGGUUGGGUUAGUGUUUUGCCUUUCUCUCCUUGUUAGGCAUCCCAACUACACCUGCCAGUCUUUUGACUUGGGCAUGUCAACAUAAGCAAUCUGCACACAUCUGCAGUUGCUACAACUACCUCAGCUCAUAGUUACUCUCUGCAUUUGUCCAUAUACAACUUAAAAAACAUGGCUAAAUAAUGUUUAUACUGCAUCCUUUAAAAUAGAACUGUUGCCCCAAACUGUUGGAAACCAGAAAUACAUUUCCUUCUCAUUGCAUUCUGUCCCCUGAAGAUCUAAUGCAGUUGUUUUGAGUUAAAAAUCAAAUGACUACAGAAUUACUAUACAAAAGCUUGCCACUUUUAUUUGCAUACAAAACAGAAAUGACAGAGGUUCACAAUAAAUUAUCAGUGUGCUCCCACGGAA